GAUAUUCGGUCAACAGAUGACGCGAGGCACUGUUGGCAGUUAUUGAAGUAACUGCAGCAUCAGAUGAGCGGUUAUCACAGUAACCGUUAUUUCUCAGUAACCGGUUAUUUGUAUCAGCUACGUUAUUUUUUGCCACCCGUAGAUGCUCCAUACCAACAGGCUGGAACUUCGAGUGCUAGCAACUUGCAAGGCAUAAUAGUCGCAGGAGAAGCGCCCGAGUCGGACGAGGAACGCGAGGAACCUGGUAGUGUGAGCAGCAUCAGUAGUGCUGCAAGUGUUUCUUCAGAAACUUCGCUGACAACAAAUGUGAAAAAAGGCUAUAAGGGAAAGAAAUCGGAAAGCAAAUACAGCUCAUUGCUGCAUAAAAAAUUGCGUGAACGUAACAUUUCACUCUAUAAGAAUAUAUCAGAGUUUGCAUACAGCACUCUCACAAGUGCAGGCAGAGAUCUGAACUUGACAAACCAACAACUUCUCAGAUCGCAGGUACAACUUCAAGAAGCAGCUACAUCUCUUCACAUAUUACAGUCACAUCUCACUCAGCUGCAUACUAAAAUAGCAGCAGUAAGCACUUCUGCCUUUAUACCUCAAAUUUACGUGCAGCAGUGUGAACAGGAAUAACUAUGAUGAAAUAACAGUUUACCAAGAGUUUUCCUAAAACAGGUGUUGGGUUAUGCAUUGCCAAUCGAAGAUCCUGGUAUCCAGUGUGACGCAAAUGUGAUUUCUUUUUGGUGGGAGCUAAUAUCGUGACAUGAUGAAGGUGAUGACAAUUUUCUCGUCUGGACUAGACUGCUGAAAAGAGUUGGACUUAGUACUAUUCUUACAUUGGGCCUAAAAGAUUCUAAUUCUAAAAGUUUACUUAGUAUAUGGUACCCACCAUCAAAUUUGUUAUGUGAUGUGGAACAAAUCCAUUCAGCCACCCAAGGACAAUUGAAGGUGAUUAUGUAGAAAAGUGAAUAUUGGUAAUUAAAGAUCACAUUCUAAGGAUUA